AUGCAUGACACUGCUCUCAGACCUUUCAUGCACUGUAAGAAAUACCUUCAUGGUUUGUCACUUGACAUUUUAACCAAGGAAACAGCCCCAACAUUUGUGGGUCUAACUUACUGUGACAUUUUCUUCUACUGUCAGCUGACGAGGAACUACAGCUCCUGCUCCUCAAUAUGGAUGGAUGACAGCACACUCAGCAAGCCUAAUCAUAGAAACAUAGUACAAUGUAUGACGUUGGCAGUAUAUUACCACAUAAAAUACAGAGAUGCAAAUACAUCCCUGGAUAUUUUUGAUGAGAGACUGCAUCCUCUCACAGAAGAGACGCUUCCAGAGGACUACUUUCAGCAUGAUCCUGAACAUGAAUGUAUAUACAGAUUUGUUGCUAUUAUUUUUAAUGCCCUAUGCAUACCAACUGAAUGCGCAAUAAUGACUUUGGUUUACUUAGAAAGGUUGAUGUCAUAUGCUAAGAUUGACCUCUGUCCUACCAACUGGAAAAGGAUUGUCUUGGGAGCCAUUGUUCUUGCCUUCAAGGUUUGGCAUGAUAAGGCUGUGUGGAACAUAUACUUCUGCCAGAUCCUCAAGAACCUUGCACUCCAAGACAUAAAUCAACUGGAAAGGCAUUACUUGUGUCUGCUUGAGUUUAAUGUUAAUGUGUCUGCCAGCAUUUAUGCCAAAUACUACUUUGAUCUUCGCUCUUUAGCAGAUCACAGCAACAUGUAUUUUGUGCCUGCACCUCUCACCAAAGAAAGAGCACAGAAAAUAGAAGCGAUGUCAAGAUACUGUGAGGAUGGAGGCUUGCACAGAGGUGAAAUCAGAAAAGCUUCCAGUGAUGACAGCUUCACUGGAAUUCAACUGUCUAAAGCCAUCCUGUCUUAA